AUGAACGAGGUCCGGCUGACGGAAACACACUUGUUGCCGUCCAGGAUCCAAAGGACUCGCAUGGCCGCGUACGUUAUGACGAUUGUCACGUGCAUGGUCUGCGGCGGGACGUUCUACCUGUCCCUACAAGCCCAGUCACAAUACCGAUCUUUCCUGAAAAACGCAACGCUGGCCGAGCACGGCUGGUCGAAUAAGGAUAACCGAACGGAUCUGCUGAGCAGGGUUAUCCAAUCUAACAGGACCGAAGAUUGUGCCAACACAUCCAUGAAUAACCCGUUAUUGCUGAUUGGCUCGAUCGUGUGCAUUACAAUAAGAGCUGCGUUGUUUGGAAUGCAGUCGCGGCGUUUAGUAGACAUCGGUUUAUUUUUGAACUGCUACGAUGUUUGUUGUGUGGUAAGAUCGGCGGUAACAUUUUUACAAUUAACCGACUGCUAUCUAAAAUUAUACGAAAUCAUAUCAAUACUUCCAGUGAACGAUUAUUUUCGUUUUAGUUUCCAAACAACUGUGCAGCCGUAUUAUGAAGUCUCUAUGCUAUUUUUUUGGUUUCUAUUCUGGUUGUGCGUGAUGAAUUUCCUACUGAGCUUUUGCCGCUCCACCAUUGACAACGACGACAAUUGGGUAGACUGCAACAAAAAUUGGGCAGAGGUGCCAGAGAUCUGGUUCUAUGAUUAUGUGACUAUGAAAAUGAAAAGACGGCAGCCAGCGGUGCUCCGGGCCUUGGCGUCGCGACGUCGGCGUACAGCCACCACGAGACGUCUGAGGACAAAAUACCUAUUGUCGGAAUCGAUAAAAAAAAUAUUUUAAUCCAUACCAUAAAAUUGAGUGUAUUCAAUUAAAUAAAUAUGCAAAAUUUUAAAGUGUUGUUGGAUUUGUUA